AUGAGCAAGGCGGAGUCUUUCAGACAAAAAUCGGAGCAGAACGGGAUUCUUAACCCGGCCUCCAGAAUCAACAAUAAGACAGAGUGGUUAUCUUGCAGUGUCUUGCGUGAUGUGCCUUUAUCUCAAAGCAGUAGUCAAAGGAAAGCAAAGCUUCCUGAGGGAAGUGACGCUAAUCCAAACUUUAGCUCCUUGCUGUACAAACAUGCUGAAAAUAUCAGUGAACAUAUCCGUGAGUCUAAAGCCUUGGGAAAGGAAAAAGACAUGGAAAUGCAAUCAUUCCGUACAAAUCAACAAGCAAAUAGUCGUGACGUAAGAAAACAGGAAAACGUAGAUAGAAUGAUUGCUUCUCCAGAGUCUUUUCAUUUGUCGAAAUUGAGUCUUUUCAAAUCGGAAGCCGGUAACACUGAUAUUGUGGAUUUCAAAGAGCCGAUGAAUCCUCAUCAUCGGUUAGCUCAACAUCUCUCAGAGGGCAGGCGGUUGAAGACCCAUGGUCCCGCUGUCCACUCUGUUGCUGAGAAUUGCUUGUUAAUGAAUGAGCACAGAAAGAAGAUGGCUCCCCCUGCUGGUGGCUCGAGCUGUCGCUUGUCAUCAGUGGAGGCAAAUAACCCCCUAGUGGCCCAACUGCUGCAGGGCAGUCUGCCUUUGGACGGGUUUCGGCAGCCUCGGCCGAGAGCCGAAAUAAACCAGCCUCCUUCAGUGUUUCCGAAUACCUCAGUAUGCAAAAUGGCUGCUUCCGAGAGAAACACCAUAGAAAACUCUCAAAGCUGCCUGAGCCCAGAUCGCAAAGCGUACACCCUGGAUCCGAAUGGGCCCAACCACGUCAGGAAGCAGGACAACCAUGACAACACAUGGACGACCAAGCAUGCGAGCAAGCUGAACCACAUCAAAACUGAGCCACAUCAGGGGAAACAAAUGGUGGAGGAUGAGUUCAAGUCCUCCUGCAGCCGGAACACUCAAUUAAAUCAACUGGGACAGACGUAUGCCCAGGAGUGGGAGAGCAAAAACCUGAUGCACAGCAGAAUCAUCCCCAGCGCAGAGAUUAAACAGCCAGCGAGCCCCCUUCCUGCAUGCAGCUUUCAGAAACGCUUAUCAAGUAUCAGCUUUUCCUCUGAGGACAGCACCUCUCAAAGGCUGUUUAAUCAUCUGCAGACGGAUGCUGGAAACAGCCCACCAGCCGCUUUGCUUCAAGCCAGUAUAAAAACCACCUUUGGCAGCGGCCUUCCGAAUAAAUUCAGGCAUCAGGAACCGAAAGGUGUAGGGAAGGUGUAUGUCUCUGUUGCGACAAAUCAGCUGAGAAGAGGAAGCAUUUUUCUUCCUGAGCAGCAGAUGAAGCAGGUUGAUGGCUCUGACGGUGUCUCACGGGCUGUCCGGAACAAAUUCCUAGGCCCUCCGUCAAGCGGUCCGCCGGAGGUCCGGUUCGAUCAAAACCAAACGGCCAUCCCCACGAAGGCCGUUCGAGGUGUGAGCGGUGUUCCCUCUGCAAAUAUCUGCAGCGUGGUGAAAGAGGAGCCUCUGCCAUUCAACGAGAGGUUCAGCAACUGCCAAAUGAGUGCUAAACAGUCCCAUCAAAAACAGGAUUUCCAGGAGAACAUGCAGGCUUUUCAAAUCAAAAACCCAGAGUUUCCUCCCUACUCAGCCUCUGAGCAAAAAAAGGGAGGCGUGCAAAGAGCCCCCCAUUCGCAUCCCCAUCAGCAGCUGUACAACCGCUACCCUUCGGUACAGUUUAACAAUGGAAAGUUUAACCCUUCGAUACAGUUUAAUAGUGGGAACAGAACAGCGUCUGUGAUCGAGAAGUCUAUCGGGCACUUCCUGGGCAACAGUGCGAGUGUGGUUCGUGGCUUGUCGGCCCAAAGCGCUCCAGCGCAAUUUGCUGACAGUGGCAGAUCGGACGGACUGGAGCUGAAAUGCUCUUGCAGAUUGAAAGCCAUGAUUGUCUGUAAGGGUUGUGGGGCCUUCUGCCAUGAUGACUGUAUUGGUCCUUCCAAGCUGUGUGUUGCCUGCCUUGUCGUUCGAUAA